AUGGAAUCCAACAACAAUAACAUCGACAAUAACAAGUCAAGGUUGAGGGCAUUGAUCAGUACUGUAUUGCUUGCCAAUAAGUAUGUUAGAUCAGAGGUGUUUAGACAUGUAUCAUUGAUACACAGACAGUUGAACAUCACCAAUGUAUUCAAUUCAUCAGAUAUCUCAUCACUCUAUCAUUAUGUACAAUGUAAUGACACUACCAAGUUCAUCCAUUACUGUGAUCAAUUGGAUAUCACUGUCCAUUCACCCGAAGAGUUGCUCGAUACUGUGAAUGAUGCAUUCAAACAUGCUUUCCAUAGACAGAACAUCACAUUGGUGAAGUAUAUCCUUGAACGAUUCAGACUAGGCAACAACACUACGGUUGAUAAGUUUAAAGACUAUGUCAGAGGGGAGUUGUUCAUGUUCCUACAACGCCAUGCAUCCUCAAUGCAACAUAUCAAGCUCAGUCAAUCAAUGAUUCAUACAUUGUUUGGCUACACACUUUCUUAUGGUGACACCAUCAUCCCUCCAUACGUCCUAGACCUAAUGAUGAGAUCUGCAUUAGUUGAUCAUGAUGACUCUGGCUUGUGCUCGGAGAUCUACCAACAUCAUCCACUACAUACAUUGUCCAAACGUCCAUUGUUUGAAUGGUACGUCUACUUUGGAUAUAUGAUUGCGUCCAAUCCAUGGUUCGCAAGACAUCAAUCUAUGAUCAAUGAUGACUUCCAAGCAUACCUCUUGUCGCCCCCGCCAGCUCCAACUCCAUCGUCAAACGACCCUCCUAGCUACAAUCUCAAUGGACACUUGGCCGAGUUUGCAAUCCGACAACAACUGUAUGACCUACUUAUCAAGAUUGCCAAGCAUACAUCAUCCAUCAAUGCACGCAGUCUAACUGCAAUUGAGCAUCCAAUUACCCUCGACACACUAUUGGCACUCGCGACGAGAAUGAAGUUGACACUAUUCAAUCAACUUGCAGCAGUUGGCGACAUCAGCUUCAUGAAGCAUGUACUACAUCUCAUGCCAGAGUACAUUGAUCAUGUCAAAUCGUUUGAAGUUGGAUCUCAAUCUCAGCACCACAGUCUCUUCAACACCUCAAUGCUCCAAUGCGCGUUGACUGGUGGCCACUAUGAAUGUGCAUGCUACAUCCUGGACAACUUUACUCAAUUCCUUCAACAACUGAAUCCCACCAUCGGAUUCAAUCACAAGUGGCUAGUAACAGGCAUCAACAUGAGGAUCAAUCCCAGCAACACCAAUCACAACCACCAUAACUGGUUGGAGAUGUUCGACAUGUUGGUCAACAAUGUGAAUGUGGAUCACAUCUUUUUUGAUCUGUACAUGAACGCGAUCGUGGCCAAACGAUUAGAUGUGAUUGAUCGUUUGGAACAAUUGAUCGACAACAGCACCAUCACCACAUUGAUCGACAUCAAUCUAACAUUCAACACGGCACUCCAACAACAAUAUGUCGACGCCAUCAAGACAAUCAUACACAAUCGUCCAGGUCAUAAGUUCAAAGGCAUCAAUAUUGAAUACUUUGAUCAAUGUACCUCUGAUGUCCAAGACAUGAUCUUGACAGGUAUUGAUCCUGGAUGUCUUGACUUCCAAUUGGACAAGUCUCCCAAGGCCAAUGUGUCGGCCAGCACCAUUCGCAUGUUGAUCAAACAUCAACAUCAUACACAUUGUUGGAGCAGACUUCUCAAGAGUGCUGAGCUCCAGGACGAGAGGGAGCUGGUGGACAUUCUGGCCAAACAACAUGACGCGACGCCAUAUCAGACAGACCCAUGGCUACUUGGCUAUGAAUUGACUCCUCAAGUAAAUCCAUAUCAUCGACUUCUGGUACCACCCACAUCAUCCGAGUUCCAACAAUACCAAUCAAUCCUCAACAACCUUGGUGUCAUCAAUCCAUCAUCAUGA